ACAAUAUUCAUUCCCACUUCCUCUCAUAUCCAUUAUCUUCACAUAUAUACAUACAUUGAGUACUAAGAAGAUGUCGGGUGUUUGGAUGUUCAAUAACGGCGUUUUCCGGCUGGUGGAGAACCCGGCGGCGGAGCAGAGCGGCGGAAAGCCAAGAAAGGCGCUGGUGUACUUGCCGACGGGGCAGGCAGUGGGGUCGUACCGGGCGCUGGAGGAGAUCUUGACGGCGUUAGGGUGGGAGAGGUAUUACCAUGGAGACCCAGACCUCUUCCAAUUCCACAGGGAAUCUUCCAUUGACCUUAUCUCCCUCCCCAGAGACUUCAAGAAGUUUAACUCCGUUUACAUGUACGACAUCGUCGUUAAAAACCCUAACAUCUUCCAUGUCCGUGACAUUUAAUUUCAGAUAUAUAUAUAUACAUAUAAGCUAAGCUAUAUAUAUACAUAUAUACAUACAUAAAUGAAUUUGUGUGCAUGUGUUUUGAGGUUUUGUUACGUUGGGGAAUGGAGUUUGGUUGUUUUUUGCUUAAGUUGGUAGUUUUUGGUAGGGUUUGAUUUGUGUGUAUGUAACGCAAUUCAUGUACAGUGUCCGGAGUCUUAUGUAAUAAACUUAUUGUUACAUUUGGCAA